UUGGCAGAAGACGAACGAACCCACAGACACGCAGCCACCGGUUUUACCGGUUUAACUUUGAUUUAGAUAGUAAAUCAUCUUUUGCGAGAACUCAUAAGGGGAUAAAGGGAAGACAAUAUGGCAACGCUGCUUCCCAUACGGUUUCAGGAGCAUUUACAGCUCCAGAAUGUUGGAAUCAAUGCAUCCAACAUUGGGUUCAGCACCCUUACCAUGGAGUCGGACAAGUACAUCUGUAUCAGAGAAAAAGUCAGUGAGACUGCCCAGGUCGUCAUCAUAGAUAUGAAUGAUACCAACAAUCCUAUCAGACGUCCCAUUUCGGCCGACUCAGCUAUAAUGAACCCUGCUAGCAAAGUCAUUGCUCUGAAAGCUGGGAAAACUCUGCAAAUCUUCAAUAUUGAGAUGAAAAGCAAGAUGAAGUCACACACUAUGACAGAUGAUGUCAUUUUCUGGAAAUGGAUUUCUGUAAACACUGUAGCCCUUGUGACAGAGACCUGUGUUUACCAUUGGAGCAUGGAAGGUGACUCCCAGCCUCAAAAGAUCUUUGACAGACAUACCAAUCUGGCUGGCUGUCAGAUAAUUAACUACAGGACAGACGCCAAGCAACAGUGGCUACUUGUCAUCGGCAUAUCAGCCCAGACGGGGGCUGAGGCAGCACAAAACCGUGUUGUGGGUGCGAUGCAGUUGUACUCAGUGGAGAGGAAAGUCAGCCAGCCUAUAGAGGGACAUGCUGCUGCUUUCGCUACCUUCAAAUUAGAAGGCAACGCCAAUCCUUCCACACUCUUCAUGUUCGCCGUCAGAGGAGCACAGGGUGGAAAGCUUCAUGUGAUUGAAGUAGGUCAGCCACCCCAGGGAAAUCAGCCCUUCACAAAGAAAGCAGUGGAUGUUUUCUUCCCUGCUGAAGCCCAAAAUGACUUCCCAGUAGCCAUGCAGGUGAGUCCAAAACACAGUGUAGCUUUCCUCAUCACAAAGUAUGGCUACAUCCACAUGUACGACAUAGAGACUGGCACUUGCAUCUACAUGAACCGCAUUAGUGGCGACACCAUCUUUGUCACCGCCCCUCACGAGGCCUCAUCAGGAAUUAUUGGCGUCAACAGAAAAGGGCAGGUGUUGUCAGUGAGUGUUGAAGAAGAUAACAUUGUCCAGUACUUGACCACCACACUACAGAACCCUGACCUUGCUCUCAAGGUGGCAUCCCGCGGCAACCUGCCUGGUGCAGAAGAUCUUUUUGUCCGCAAAUUCAACAACCUGUUUCAGAGUGGAAACUAUGCAGAAGCUGCUAAGGUAGCUGCAGGUGCCCCAAAGGGUAUACUGCGGACUCCACAGACUAUACAACGAUUCCAGCAGGUACCAGCAGCCACUGGGCAGACAUCUCCUCUCCUCCAGUACUUUGGUAUCUUACUGGACAAAGGUCAACUUAACAAGUAUGAGUCCCUGGAGUUGUGUCGCCCAGUGCUGCAACAAGGCCGGAAACAGCUGCUGGAAAAAUGGCUAAAGGAGGAAAAGUUGGAGUGUAGUGAGGAACUUGGAGAUCUGGUCAAAGCCACCGACCCAACACUGGCUCUGUCUGUUUACCUCAGGGCCAAUGUACCUAACAAAGUUAUCCAGUGUUUUGCGGAAACAGGACAGUUCCAGAAAAUUGUGUUGUAUGCCAAGAAAGUAGGUUUCACCCCAGAUUUUAUAUUUCUGCUUCGUAACAUCAUGAGGAUGAACCCAGAACAGGGCCUAAGCUUUGCCCAGAUGUUAGUGCAGGAUGAUGAACCACUGGCCGAUCUGAAUCAGAUUGUAGACGUGUUUAUGGAGUUUAACCUGAUCCAGCAGUGUACCUCCUUCCUGUUAGAUGCCCUGAAGAACAACCGACCUGCUGAGGCACCACUUCAGACAAGACUGUUAGAAAUGAACCUUAUGUCUGCUCCUCAGGUGGCCGAUGCCAUCCUCGGUAACCAAAUGUUUACCCACUAUGACCGAGCACAUGUGGCACAGCUGUGUGAGAAGGCCGGACUUCUACAAAGGGCACUGGAACACUACACAGAUCUAUAUGACAUCAAGCGGGCAGUUGUACAUACCCAUCUACUUAACCCAGAGUGGCUGGUAAACUACUUUGGUUCCUUGUCUAUAGAGGACUCGUUAGAAUGCCUGAAGGCCAUGCUUCAAGCCAAUAUCCGUCAGAAUCUGCAAGUGUGUGUACAGAUUGCUACCAAAUAUCAUGAACAACUUGGCACACAGUCACUCAUUGAAAUCUUUGAGUCCUUCAAAAGUUUUGAAGGUCUGUUCUAUUUCUUGGGAUCCAUCGUAAACUUCAGUCAGGACACCGAUGUCCACUUCAAAUACAUCCAGGCAGCCUGUAAGACAGGACAGAUCAAAGAGGUAGAGCGCAUCUGUAGGGAGAGCAACUGUUAUGAUCCAGAGAGAGUCAAAAACUUCCUCAAGGAAGCCAAGCUCACCGACCAACUGCCGUUGAUAAUCGUGUGUGACCGAUUUGACUUUGUCCAUGACUUAGUCCUCUACCUUUACCGUAACAGCUUACAGAAGUACAUUGAGAUUUACGUACAGAAGGUAAACCCUGCCCGACUCCCAGUUGUGGUCGGUGGACUUCUUGAUGUUGACUGUGGAGAGGAUGUCAUCAAGCAACUCAUUCUUGUCGUAAAAGGACAGUUUUCGACUGACGAGCUUGUAGAGGAGGUUGAAAAACGCAACAGAAUGAAGCUGCUGUUGCCAUGGCUGGAAAUGCGCGUACAUGAAGGUGUUCAGGAACCAGCAACACACAACGCUCUCGCUAAAAUCAACAUAGACAGUAAUAACAAUCCAGAGAGAUUCCUAAGAGAGAACCAGUUCUAUGACAGUUUGGUUGUGGGUAAAUAUUGUGAGAAGCGUGACCCCCACUUGGCUUGUGUAGCCUAUGAGAGAGGACAGAACGACAUGGAACUUAUUAAGGUGUGCAAUGAGAACUCACUCUUUAAGAGUGAGGCACGAUACCUGGUGCGUCGUCGUGACACAGACCUCUGGGCUGUCGUUCUACAGGAGGACAAUGAGUACCGACGUCAGUUGAUUGACCAGGUUGUACAGACAGCCCUGUCCGAGACACAGGACCCUGAAGAUAUAUCUGUCACUGUCAAAGCUUUCAUGACCUCAGACCUUCCAAACGAGCUGAUUGAACUGUUGGAGAAGAUUGUUUUGGAGAAUUCUGUGUUCAGUGAUCACAGAAAUCUACAGAACCUGCUGAUCCUGACAGCAAUAAAGGCAGAUCGUACUCGAGUAAUGGAGUAUAUUAACCGACUUGACAACUAUGAUGCCCCUGACAUUGCUAACAUCGCCAUCAGCAAUGAACUCUUUGAAGAAGCUUUUGCAAUUUUCAAGAAAUUUGAGGUCAACACAUCAGCUAUACAGGUGCUGAUAGACCAUGUCAACAACCUUGACCGAGCUUAUGAGUUCGCCGAGCGCUGUAAUGACCCGGCAGUUUGGAGUCAGUUGGGAAGGGCCCAACUCAACCAGGGUCUGGUGAAAGAAGCCAUUGAUUCCUUCAUCAAGGCAGAUGACCCAUCUGAAUACAUGGAAGUUGUCAAUGUAGCUAGUAACAAUAAUAGUUGGGAAGACCUGGUGAAAUUUCUUCAGAUGGCCAGAAAGAAGGCACGGGAAACAUUUAUAGAAACUGAACUAAUUUAUGCCUAUGCAAAAACGAACCGACUUGCAGAUUUAGAAGAGUUUAUUUCUGGACCGAACCAUGCUAACAUUACACAGGUGGCUGACCGUUGCUUUGAUGACCAGAUGUAUGAAGCAGCCAAGUUGCUGUAUAACAAUGUGUCAAACUAUGCACGUCUGGCCAUUACACUGGUUCACCUUGGAGAGUACCAGGGAGCUGUGGAUGGAGCACGAAAAGCCAACAGUACAAAGACGUGGAAAGAGGUGUGUUUCGCCUGUGUGAACAAUGAGGAGUUCCGUUUAGCCCAGAUGUGUGGACUCCACAUAGUGGUACAUGCUGAUGAACUAGAGGAUUUAAUCAAUUAUUACCAGGACCGUGGCUACUUCGAGGAACUCAUCUCCCUACUGGAGGCAGCAUUAGGUUUAGAAAGAGCUCAUAUGGGCAUGUUUACAGAAUUAGCUAUCUUAUACUCUAAAUACAAGCCGGAGAAAAUGAGGGAGCACUUAGAAUUGUUCUGGUCCAGAGUCAACAUUCCAAAGGUUUUACGAGCAGCAGAACAGGCCCAUCUGUGGCCGGAGCUUGUGUUCUUGUACGAUAAGUAUGAGGAGUAUGAUAAUGCUGUUAUUACGAUGAUGAGUCACCCAACAGCAGCGUGGCGUGAGAGUCAGUUUAAGGACAUUAUAACCAAGGUAGCCAACAUUGAGUUAUACUACAAAGCAAUACAGUUCUACCUGGACUUCAAGCCGCUCUUACUCAACGACUUGCUCUUGGUAUUAACGCCUCGCCUCGACCACACCCGUGCAGUCACCUUCUUCACCAAGGUCAAUGAAAUCCCGCUGGUGAAGCCCUAUCUUCGGGCAGUGCAAAAGAACAACAACAAAGCAACAAAUGAGGCAUUGAACAACCUGCUCAUUGAAGAAGAGGAUUACCAGGGCCUUCGCACCUCCAUUGAUGCAUAUGAUAACUUUGAUAACAUCACUCUCGCCCAGCGCCUCGAGAAACAUGAGCUCAUUGAGUUCAGACGUAUUGCUGCCUACCUCUACAAAGGCAACAACCGAUGGAAACAGUCUGUGGACCUGUGUAAAAAGGACAAACUAUUCAAGGAUGCAAUGUGCUAUGCGGGUGAGUCGAGGAACAUUGACAUUGCGGAGGACCUGAUAGCCUGGUUCCUAGAGAACCAAUACCAUGAGUGUUUCGCAGCCUGCCUGUUCCAGUGUUAUGACUUGUUGCGACCAGAUGUGAUUCUGGAGCUAGCCUGGCGUCACAAUAUCAUGGACUUCGCCAUGCCUUACAUGAUUCAGGUUGUGAGAGAGUACAUUUCCAAGGUUGACAAGUUGGAGCAGUCUGAGGCUGUACGGUCUGAAGAGGAACAGAAAGCUGAGGAUCGUCCAAUCGUAUUUGCGGAGAACCAACUGAUGCUGACCGCUGGUCCUGGCACAAUGAUACCCCCUCCCCAGGCCCCAUCUCCCCAACCUGGCUACGGAGCCCAGUACCCACCAGGAAUGGUGCCCGGCAUGGCCCCCGGCAUGGCACCCGGCAAUGUUCCAUAUGGAUAUAGCAUGUGAUCGCAUCAUCUUCAUUUGUCGUGUGCUUGAAGAGGUGUGUCGCGACUGAACUUUGUUAAAGGGACCUAAGAACACUGGCAAAAACUGUAGAUAGGGACUGGUCAGUCAGGAAAUGGGUCAGCCUGUUGGUGACCGAUGGAUAGGCUAGCUUGGUGAGAUUUCUGUUGUGAUCCAUGCUGGACCUAUUAGCCAUUAGUAGCCUGUUGAUUGGUUAGCUGAAUGGUCUUGUGACUAGUGUACGUGUACUGCACCGUGUGUUUGUCCUCCUGUGAUUUUCAUAUUUUUCCUUUUUUUUUAUUAUGAAAUAUUGAGAUGGCACAUAUGAGUAUUUAUGUGAUAGAUUGGCGGCCAUGUUUUACACAGAGGCAAUUGUCUGUGAGUAUAUGAGCCCCAUUCAUAGUAAUUAUCAUCCUUUGUUUUACUGGUAUAGUGGGGUUAUCAUGGCUGAUCACAUCAAAUACAGCAGGUAUUUUUUGUCUGCUUUCAUUCUGGCCCCUGUUGUCAAGACACAGAAUCCUGGGAUAUUCAGGACAGUGAUCUAGUGUUUAAAGUUAAGGCUCCUCCCAUUGAGUUCAUUGUGAUUAAAACAAGCCUGAUUUUCCAGAGAGGUUUCUGUGGCAGACCUGUUAAUGUUGACGUUAAAGAUAUGUUUAUAGAUUGUUGUCACUGUGCCCUGCUGUGUACGUCUUUGUGGACGUUAAAAUCUGCCAGGUCAAAGGUCAAUAGUUCAUCAAGUGCUUGCUUGGGAUCAAAUUGUAUGUAAGUGCUGCAAGUUGACUUUGGGGUUCCCCCUCAUUUCCUUUACUUUUGUUAUUGUUUGAUUUGAGACACAUUUGUUUUGAUGAGAUUUUUAAAUGUCAAAUUGUAUUUAUAGUGUCAGGCGUGUAGAGUAGGACUAUUUAUUGUGUAUCACCUCGUGGUGGCGACACCAACCCUAUAGUCACACAGAUUUAACACAAGAGAUAUUGUGUAUCAGCUGUGCCAGGUGUAGCUCCAGUCAUUCAUCAUCAGUGUUUCCAGGCCCACUGUGUGUGAACAGAUGAAAGGUGUUGAGUGUCUGGCUGUUAUCAUCUAGUGAUUAUUAUACAUUCUAAGUGUUGUGUAUGGUAUAGACAAAAUCAAUCUGCUCUCCCCUCCUGCCAUUGUACUGGCCCAACUAGUCCAUUGUGCUGGACAGAGGUGGACAGGCUGACAUUAAUUAGUGUACAAAUAGAGAGCUAGGGAUAAAAUUGUAUAAUUUACUUUGAUCACUUGGUCACCCCUGUAGCUGGACCAGUCCAAGGUCAUGGGGGUAUGGUAGAGGGAGGGGAAACCAGGAUAUUAAUCAUGUUCAACUAGAAGUGUGAGGACUUUUUGAUGAAGGUAAUAGGACCUCAGUAGAUGUAUGGGUCAGUGAGGGGGCUUUAGUCAGUUUACCGUGAAGUAAGGUUAGUUAGGGGACCUCAGUCUGUGUACCGAGAAGAAGGAUUGUUAGGGAACAGUAGUCAGUGUACCAUGAAGAAGGAUCAGUUAGGGGACUUAAGUCAGUGUACCAUGAAGAAGGAUCAGUUAGGGGACUU